UGCAGUCGUUCCACUCGAAGAGUCAAGUAAUGUCAAGGUACCAUUAUUAUGAAAAUAAUCAAGAACAAUUGUGCUAUAAACACAUAAUGAAGAAAUGUUGGCAAACUAUUUAUUGUGUUUAGAUUUUUUGACAUAAAAAGUUUAAACGAAAUAGCAAUGGCUGGGAGUGAAGUUGGCGGGGACGUUUCUUCAACAAAUGAUCCAGAUCAUAAGUCCAAGAUCAAGGAUAAACUGGGACUUACUACGACGGAAGCUCUAGAAAUUCUCCAUAGAGAAAUAAAACGUGUAUUAGUGGAGUAUGAGGAAGAUUAUCGAAAGAAAAGAAAAUAUAGAGCCUGGUUAAAAGACACUCUGCAUCAUAAAAGUCAAUAUACUACACUGUGUUGGACUUCAGCAUUUGCGUUGCUUAUGAACGCUAUUUGUUUGCUAGUAGCAUACUUUAAUUCUAAUGAUUCAAGUUAUUCUAUACUGCCAUACGAAGGACUUAUUGUUUGUUGCCUUGUGAUAUUCAAUUUCAUCUUAGUCGUAUCUGACAAUAUUUUACGACAUCAUGAAAUUUUACAUAGGGUAAAAAUUCUGUUGAAAAAGUUAGAAGCUGCACGUUCAUUAUGCAAGUGGAGACCAGAAAAUUAUCCGCAUCUUUGUACACCAUUAUCACCUUGCGUAACAUUACAAUGGACAUACAGAGAUAACGUAAUAGUUAAUUUACCGUGGGCUCUAUUAGUAGCUAGUGAUAUAAUUGUCAUUAAACCGGGCCAACAAGCUCCAGGAUAUUGCGUUCCAGUUGACGACUCUAAUGGACCAGUUUUACAUGCUAAAGAAGUUUAUUGCCCGAAAGUUCAUAGUACAAAUGAAAUAUUUUCAACACCUCAAACAAGAACUCCAUUAAAAAAUCAAAAUUAUAAACUACAAGAGACACCCUAUUUAGCUAAUUUACGUAUGGCUUUGGAUCAAGCUCUUAAUAGACCUGUCACUUAUCACAAUCGUGAACGUCAUCUUCUGAUGAUCUGUUGCAUUGAGCAACUGGCUUAUCCAAUCCUGUUGAUUCUUGUGCAAUUAGUAAAUUUAUUGAGAUAUUUAUAUUUUCAAGAAUACGCCGGCACUGGCCACUGGACCGAUGUAUUUUUAGUCCAGCCUAUUGCUGUGACUUUGCCACUUUUGCCAAUAAUAUUUCCGGCCUUUUGGAUCUUCCUAAAUUGCUUUGGGAUGGCGCGGUUCAAAGCCUUAUUUGAGCUUUAUUUGUCUUCAACAAAGAUGCCGUUUGUUGAUCCUUUCGAAGAUACAGAUAUUUCAGGACCAAAUAAUCCAGAAGUAGUUUACAAUUGGUCAGAGUUAAGAACAUAUUUUUUUGAUAUACUUUUUGGAAAGGAAUAUAUGAUGUCACGUUCUGCCAGUAUUCUUCAUGUAUUAGGAUCAGUUACAGCUCUAUGUUGUGUUGACAAAAAAGGAAUAUUAUCCUGGGCAAAUCCUACAGCUGAAAAAGUUUUUUUUUUAAGAAAUGCAAAUGCAGUUUCUAGGACAUCGAGUACUGUAAGUCUUGAUAAACCUCCAGAAACUUCUCGUACUACUGAACCAAUAAAAAAUGACAAUUACAAAAUGUCUUAUAAUCAGCAUGACAUGUCUCACUCAGUGGCUGAAGUUCUUGAUUUGACACACGACCAUGCAUUACCAUUUCGACUCCAAUUUGAUGACCCUUCUUGGCGACAACAUUUGAAUUCAUUAAAACCACUUGGAUUGGCUAUUCUUUUAAACACUUGUAACAUGGAAACUCAAGAACAUUAUACGCAAUUUUGUUGUCAUGUUACAUGUGAGGCUUUAUAUAAUGAAAAUUUGGUACCUGUUAUAAACAGAAGCUGCCAGAGCAAUCACAGUAAGGCUGACUUACCAGAGAAAGACGAAAUGCAAAGUUCGAGGCAGAAUUUAAUCGAGGAGUCUGAAAAUUUAGGAAAGACGGGAUGCCUCUGUGAACUUGCAAAACAGAUUGGGUUUCAAGAUCAAGCUCAAGAAAUAUUCCAAUUGGAGCAACAGCUUUCAACAUUUCGACAUGUCCAGCCUGAAAUGGUACGACGUGACAUAAAAUUUGCUCGUUCUCUGAGCAUAGCUACUAAAUUAAAAUUUCCAUUUCCACACAUGGUCGCAGUGGUAAUGAAAGAACGUACUGGUGGUAGUUUACAAUUAUUGACACAAGGUACAGCUGACAUAAUUCUUGAUUCUUGUAUUGAAUUUUGGGAUGGACACGAUCUUUGUCCAUUAUCUAUCUCUGACAGAAAAAAAGUUUUGGAUUUCUAUCAACGAACUAGUUUAACGUCUUACUGUACAGCAUUUGCAUAUAGACCAUUAAUAAGGAGUAUCAAUAAUAAAAUGUCUAAUAUUUAUUUGGAACUUCCAUCAGAUAGUAAACAUUUAUAUGCACCUCAUAGAAGUCCUACACCUUUACCAUGGGAUUUUAGAAAUGUUUUAGAUCCACGAGUAAAAGGCUUACUUGGCCAAUUUCAUUCAACAGAUUCUUUACUUUGCACGGAGAAUAAAGAUGAAGAAGUCAGUGAUGUAGAUAGCUGCUUUGAAAUCCAAUGUAAUCAAAUCUUCAUUGGGAUGGUAACAAUGCAAUAUCAAGCACAAGCAGAUAUGGUCCAACUGAUCGAACAAUUAGAAAGAGCGUGCAUAAGAUUUGUUCACUUCAGCAAAGAAAAUGAAUUACGAUCGCGAGUUUUCUCCGAGAAGAUGGGUCUUGAAAGCGGAUGGAAUUGUCACAUUUCGUUACUCAGCGAAAGGGCUAGGUCAGAGAGCCCAGUUGGAUGUUGGGUGAGCCAGGCAGCAGCCAUGUCCUCACUAACGUCUUCUGCCCAAUUCCAUCAGUAUAAUCAUUCGUGCAUGGAUGAGGCCAGCCAAUUGCUUAAUCAUGUAUGUCCUCGCUCCAAUCUAGACACAAGUAAAGCUAUGAGUAUGUCUGCUCCCAGUGCAAUAAAUACAGAUUUUGCAACGGUAAAAUUUGAGAAUGAAACUACAGAAUGGCACAAUCCAGAGCCAUCACAUACUAAAAGUGCCAUGAGUCACAGCUUGAGUCAUUCCCCAGACGGAAAUGGAAGUGCAGAAACGCCAUUACUUCCGGAACACGAUACAAUAAGGAGUGAGGAUAGUGUUCUGGUUCAAAGCGUAGAUUUAGGAUCCGGUCAUGAAGCAUGGAGAUCUUUAAGUUGUCUAACUGAUAGUACAGAACAAAGUGCACCAGUGAAUUUUGAUCUUUCAAAUAGGGCGAAAUUACCUCGAGGAAUAGAUAAAAUUCGUCCACAUUUGGAAAUGAUCGAUAAUGUGCCCUUAUUAGUAUCGUUAUUUACAGACUGCAAUACUACAGUCACAAGAGAAAUGUUACACAUCAUGCAAGAUUAUGGAGAAGUUGUUUGUGUCCUUGGUUCUUCUGCUAAUGCAGAAAAUAUGUCAAUUUUUAUGCAAGCAGAUGCAGGGGUAGCUGUGGAACCUCUCUAUCCUCAGGUUUGUCAAAAAGUUCCUGUAAUGGUUCAUACUCGUGAAGAGCAAGGACCAUCUCCUGUAGAUCUUAGUCGAGCUCUUAACUCGAUAGCAUGCUCUUUAAGUGUAAAAAGAGAAGAUCCUAUAGCUCUAUUUCAUCUUGUAAUGGAGGCUCGGGAUUAUAUGAAGUGCCUAUGGAACUGUGUUCAAUUUUGGCUGUGUUGUAUUAUAACGCUUUCUUUUGCUCAAGCGUUAUCAGUAUUUUUAUUAUUACCACCGUUGCUCUCUAUUAAUCAAGUAAUGUGGUUGAUUUGUCUCAUUAUUCCGCUUUUAUCUGUGUCGAUGAUGGCAACACCAACUGAUCCUACAAUAAUGCAAAGAGCUACAGGAAAAAAUCAGUGUGUUGUUAAUGGCGAGGUGACAUUUUUUGUCUUAUGGUGUUAUGGCAGUAAAUUUCUACCAACCAUACUUACUCUCAUUGUAUCAGAAAUAGUGAUGUAUAUGUUUCUAUGCCCAUUUUAUGCUAAUGAAAAUGCAGAAUGUUUUUAUAUCUAUCCUGAUGUCAAUAGUGAAGGAAGCUGGGGAGGAUGGAGUUCACAGCCAAACAUUAUCAAUAUGGCUCAACAUGUUGCUUUGAUAAUAAUAGUUGCACACUUCGUUGUUAUCUCUGUCAGUUUUGUCCAUAGAGAAUAUUUAAUUUGCCGGAAAAUGCCUUUUAAUAAUUUAUUGUGGUUUUGCAAUGUUGUUAUUGUGCUGGCAUUACAAGCACUGUUUUCUGGUAAUACAUUGUACGAAUUAUUGAAAACUGAACAGCAAAAAAACGACAAAUUUCCAAUUUAUUUACCACUCAUUUUCUCAGUAUCUCUUCCGUUAGUAUUUUUAUUGAAUGAACUAGUCAAAUGGCAAGAAAUUAAAACUAAUGUAAGAUAUCAAAAGAGGGCACGUUUAGAAUUUGGUACUAAACUUGGCAUGAAUUCGCCCUUUUAAUACUCUCAUAAAUGAAUUUCUAAAAAGGACUGAAUUUGUUAUAAAUAUUAAUGCCAAAUAUUAAAUACUGAAGAUUAUAAUUUAAUAACCACGAGGUCCAAACAAUGUUUUUAACAAACUAAAGAUUAUAAAUAGACUUUUAAUGACCUGGGUCUUGUCUAUACAAGUGUUUUUCCAUAAAAAUCGAAUUUUUUAUAAUAAACUUUUAGCUCAAUAAAUAUUCUUUUGCUAUAAGCAGUGAUAAAUACGCACAGAUAUUUCUACUUAUGCGUUUACCGUACUUAUACAUAUAUUGAUCAUUAUUGCAUAAUUGUGUCUUUUAUUAUUUUUAAUUUAGAAUCAUUUUUAUUUCGUUUAGUGACCAUUUUUAUCAAUUAUUUAAUAAGCUCUUUAAUAGAUCAAGCAUUUAAUGUUAUGUUAGUUAAAUAGCAAACGAUGGAAUAGAUUUAUAAAAUGAAGCAAU